AUGGCACGGGACUUUCCUCCUUUGAAGAACGACCUCCUCCUAAGAGCUGCUCGUGGUGAAAAGACUGAGCGAGUACCCGUCUGGGUCAUGCGUCAGGCCGGCCGCUAUCUUCCUGAGUUCCGCAAGGUCCGCGAACACCACGACUUUUUCGAGAUCUGCAGGACCCCCGAACUGGCCGCCAAAGUGACCCUCCAACCCAUCGAACGUUACGAAGGUCUCCUUGAUGCAGCCAUCAUCUUUUCGGAUAUCCUGGUAAUCCCUCAAGCGAUGGGUCUGCAGGUCGACAUGGUGCCUGGCAAGGGUCCCCAGGUGCCGAACCCGUUAGUGACGCCCGAGGAUAUGAGACGGUUGAGAAAGAAGGUGGAUGUGCACCAGGAACUUGGGUAUGCGUUUGAUGCGAUUACGCUGACGAGACAUAGGUUGGAGGGACGGGUGCCUCUCAUUGGAUUUGUUGGCGGACCUUGGACUUUGAUGUCAUAUAUGGUGGAGGGCGGUAGCAGUAAGCAGUGGGCGAGGGUCAAGUCUUGGAUCUUCCAGUACCCGGAGGAGAGCCACGUUUUGUUGCAGAGAAUCACAGAUGUUUGUGUUGAUUUCCUUGUUGGCCAGGUCCACGCCGGUGCUCAGAUGCUGCAAGUGUUCGAAUCGUGGGCUGGAGAGUUAAGCCCCCAGGACUUUGAACAGUUUUCCCUUCCAUAUCUCAAACAAAUCGCCCAGCGCGUCAAAUCCGAACUCGACAUCAACGAUGCCGCCGUGCCCAUGACAGUCUUUGCGAAGGGCGCCUGGUACGCCAUCGAGUCGCUCUCCGACAUUGGAUACGACACCAUCUCCUUGGACUGGACUGUGAGUCCCAGCUAUGCAAGGACUGUGACAAAGGGACGAGUGACGUUGCAGGGCAAUUUGGAUCCGGGCGUGUUGUUGGGUGGCGAGGAGGCAAUUGAGAGGGAGACCGAGAGGAUGGUGAGGGAGUUUGGAAGUUCAAGAAGGUAUAUUGCGAAUUUGGGGCAUGGGAUUAUGCAGCAGGUUCCAGUUGAGGCCAUGGAGGUGUUCUUGAAGACGGUUCAUCGUGUUGGACGUGAGAUCGCGGCCAAAGAGGAGGAGGCAUAG